GGUUAGACAUUUACUUUUACAAAACAUUGAGUAUAGAGUAGGGAAUGGGAUGAAGUUCAUGAUGAUUACAGACCCUUGGUGUGAUAACCAAUCUUUAAUCCAGAGAUUUGGAGCUACAUUAUUUCGACAAGGGGACAGGAAGGCUUUAUUAGCAGAUCUUAUUAUAAAUGGCAGAUGGAAUAGACCUGAAUUUAUUCCUGAGACAGUGUUUAAUGUUAUCCAGAGGAUUAAUAUUGUUGCAGGUUUAGACACUAUAGGCUGGAAGAAUGGUAGUUUCAAUCUGAAACAAGCUUUGAACUCAUGCAGAUAUAUUACUCCAACUGUGAACUGGUGGGAUCUAUGUUGGAAACACUGCAGGCCUCGAAUUGCUAUAGGGGUUUGCAUCAUUUUACACAACAAGAAUUUAUCCUUUGUAAACUUGCAAAAACGAGGCAUUACCCUUGCUGCUAUUUGUCACAACUGUAUGAGAAAUGUGGAUUCCAAUGAUCUCAUAUUUUGCACUUGUAGCUAUGCUCAGAAGGUAUGGUGUGAGAUUUUUUCUCUUCUACGCAUAGAUAAUCCAGGAUGUAAUUCUCUCAUGCAACUAGUGGAGUGGUUUGGCUUACAAACCAAUUCUACUUCUACAAAAUCAAAAGUGUUGAGCUCAGUUUUUUCAACUGUUAUUUGGAAAAUAUGGGCCAUCAGAAAUGAUGUACUGCACAAUGGAGUUCAAAUCCAAACUAAUUUUGCUGCACAGUCUAUUAUUUGGGAGGUGCUGACUCAUCUCAAAAUCAGACUUGAAGAUUUACUGCUCAUUUUUUAG